GGUACAUGUUUCCUCGCACUACUGUAAUUUUAUUCUCUCAAGCGAAAGAGAUGGAGAUGAUUGACAAUACUAUUUAUUCUCCAUUAGAAUUGUCUGCUGCACCCCAAACCCAGAGUGACUACAGACCACAACAAAAAGCCUCUUCUAGGUGCCCGCUGUCAUGCUAUGUGGCAAUAGCUUUGGGGCUUCUGAGUACCAUUCUUAUGAGUCUGCUGCUGUUCAAAUGGAUUCUGUGCCAGAGUUGCAAGUACUCUACUUGUGACAGCUGUCAUAACUGCCCAGACUCCUGGAUGGGGUAUGGUAACCAUUGUUAUUACUUCUCAGUGGAGAAAAAGAACUGGAAUUCUAGUCUGGAAUUCUGCUUAGCCGAAGACUCACAUCUCCUUAUGUUUACAAACUACCAGGAAAUGAACCUGUUCAAAAGUUUCUUCGAUAAUGACUUUUACUGGAUUGGUCUGAGAAACCGUUCUGGCUGGAGGUGGGAAGAUGGAUCAGCCCUAAAUUUCUCAAGGGUUCUUACAAAUAGCUUGAUACAGAAGUGUGGUGUCUUCAGCAAAGGUGGUCUGCAAGCUUCUAGCUGUGAAGUCCUUUUACAGUGGGUCUGUAAGAAGGUCAGACUUUGAUGGAUGGUUAGAUCUGUCAUAUGGCUCCCUGAAAAAAGGGAGCUGGCCUCCAGGUGUUGAUAAAACCAUGAGUAUAUACUUAGUGAAUGCUGAACCUUCUAUAUAGGGCAUUAGAUGUAAGAUUUAAGUAGAUGUAAGA